AUGGCUCGCAACUUGGAAAUGGCAGUGGGGCUCCACAAGGGCCACAAAACAACGAAGACAGUGCAAAAGCCCAAACCAUCUAGGAGGAAAGGGGUGAGGAGGCUAGAUUUAGUGAUUGCAGCUUUUUUUAAAUCCAAAUCUUGAUGUCUGAUCUGCAAAGGGCAGUGCAGCCCAUGUUCAGCAGAUAUGUAUAUGUGCUGUGCUCAUGCUGUGUGCGCUAAAAAACAGUGCGGUGAAUUUGUGCUGGUGAUAUGAAAAUAAAAAAUGUUCAAAUGUUUAAUGGGGCCUGGCCUGGGCCUUCCAAGGCAAGCGUAAAGGCCUUUGUGUUGUCGGGAAGGUUGUUCCAUUGUUUAAUGGACCUAUCAGCUUCUUUAGUUUGAGUGACCAUCGGAAUAAGACCUAAAAGCACAAGGGAAAAAGCCGCUAGAGAAAGAAGCUAUGUGUGCUAUCCUGUCUGCAGAGUAUGGCAGAACUCGACAAGAUCUCACACAUGCAAGUCCGUUUUAAGGCCCUUAUUGCUUAUAUAUUUUUAAAAAAACUUGUGCAUGCACCUGCCAUACUCUGCAGACUGGUUUGCUAUUAUUCCAUCAUAUAAGAUAGCAUCAUUCACUAAGUUCAGUUCAGUGUCCACAAUAGACCCUUCCAGGGUUUUUACAAGAUUUGGUGUGGAUCAUAUGGCAAAGUCUGUAAACAGAUUAGUUUAGUCAGUAGAGUUACUUGACCACAGAGCAGCAGGUUGUGGGAUCAAUUCCCAGGGCCGAACAAAUACUCAGGGUCUCAAAAUAACUGAGAAAUGAAGGUACAUGUACUGCCUUUGCCCUGCCAACAGCUAAACCUUCGCAUGGCUUUGAUGGUGAUCCUGUCUGAGUCCCCAGUGGGAGACAGGAUGUGCUAAAUACAUUGAAACUCGAAUAAAGUAAAAAAUUUUUAACGUCGCUGAAAAGAACGCCUUAACGUCAGUGAACUUGCUAAGUUUGAAAGUGAUGUGUGUAAAGCAGGUGAACAUAUAGCUCCCUAAAGUCAUUAACUUUACUGUCAUUUAAAUCGUGGGAGCAAGUUGGUGCUUCUACCAUACCAGUCUCCAUAAAAUUUGGGGACUUUGCAGAGCUAUGUCUGUGUUCCUUUUUUAUCAAAUCACACUCAAACGUGGCAAUAAUAUUGUACUAUAUUUUAGGCUCUCUUUUCAGCAGUGUUGGCGGUUUCUGUAAACAGUCCAUGUCAACAGUUUAAAUCACAUUGGAAGGGUCUAUUGACCUCAGAUGAGACAUUUUCUGUCUUACAUUAUGAGAAGCAGGGAUUUCAGAUUUCUGGAACUAGUUCAUUAAGAGUGCCUAGUGCCCAGAGGCUCUCCCAUAUUAAUUCUUAAACACUAGUAAACUUACUCAUAGAUUGCUUAUCACAAUAAGUUGCCUGAUCCGUAGAGGCUGGUCAGCAAAUAAGGUCAGUGGGUAUAGGAUUCUGCUCACGGUUUUAUGUCAUUUUUGUGAUAUUUUUUGUUUUGCUUCUUUUUUUAGGCAAGUAACAAAAGGGUAAAAUUUAUCCGAGAUCUUGUACGAGAGGUUGUUGGAUUUGCACCUUAUGAGAAACGUUGCAUGGAAUUGCUCAGAAUUGGCAAGGACAAAAGAGCUUUGAAAUUUGUUAAAAAGAGGGUAAGAGAUCUUUCUCUCCAGUUCAGAUCAGUACAUUGUAUAUUGUUUGAUUAGUUGUCCUUCACUAACCUUGUACCACAAGUGAUUUAUGCACGCAGGAAGACUUUGCUGAUUUGAUACCACCAAAUUUUCCUCAAAUAAAAUAAUAGGUUCCUACCACAAUUAUUGCAGGUGUAUAGACCACUCAUAUAAGGGAAUAGACUUAUUUAGAAUAUACUAAAAAAACUUGGGAUAUCCUGUGCUAUUCACCUCUGAGCAACAAGCAGUGCCAAACUUGCGUAAGUUAGGAGCAAAAUGGCUUCCUGGUUUGUUACUGCAACAAACAAAGAAAUUUCACAAAUUUAACAAAGAAGAUGUUCUCGAAAACACGAAGGAGGCGACAAAAUUCAGUUUGGCAGUUUUUACAAGUAAAGCUUAUUAAUUGAUGAAACUAGUAAAAGAGUUUUUGUUUGCAAAAUUAAUGUUGUGUUACUUUAUUCAGCUGACAUGUUCAAAAAUAGGCUUAAAUUGAAUUUAAAGGUUUUUAUUACAGAAUGGUUUCAAACACAGAAAGUAUUCACAACUGGUGUUGAAUAAAUCUCCUUGCAAGAGCUAAACAAAUGCCUUCAAAGGCUUUAUUUGUCGGCAAGAAAAUGUGAAGGCCAUUUAGCCAAGUGCACACCAAAAUUAUUGUAAUCUUUGUUAGUAAUAAAUGUGUUAAAAAUUAUCAACAUUUUUGGGCUCAGUUACCUCACUGUUUCAGUGUAUUCUAAAACAAUUAUUCACAUCAGUGCCGGUGGCUAGUGGUGGAUAAUUUACCUUGAGCCAACUCCGUUUCAGUGAAUAACUGUUAUUUAAAAUCCAGUGAACUUGUAGGCACUUUUGUCACUGAAAGAAAAAAUGCUUUUAGGCAAGUGUGAUAAGGGUGGUAAAAGAGUUCAAACCAGUAUUUUAUUACCAGAGGAAGCUAAUUGGAUGCAUGUUAAUUUUUAGCUUGGAGGUCACACCCGUGGAAAGAGAAAGCGGGAAGAAAUGCAAAGUGUUAUUGCUGCCAUGAGGAAGCAACAACAACAUUAA